AAAAGUAAUUAAAAAAUUAUUUGAUCAAGAAAUUGAUUCCGAUGGGACGAUGGGUACUUAUAAAUGGCCAAAUAAUUUGGAAUUGAUUCAAUUUGAAUACUCGUACAACUGGUGUACGGAUGUAUUUGAUCCGUUUUAGUGCUGCGUUUUCUAGAUCUGUUCGUCAUGAUAGAAGACAUGGUUUUCAUCUUCUUGCUGGUUAUGCAACCGAGCACCGUAUUGCUUAAGGGUUCCAGUAUUAUUCCAAAUCAUAAUUCAUCUGCAACUUCUGAAACAUUUUUUCUGGAUGAGUCGUAUAGUUUAAAUGAUUUUGAAAAGGUUUUGAUUCAGCACAACAACAUUUUUGUGGACAAGACUAUGUUCAUUGUGGAGUUGAUUAAUCGUAUAGGAAAAUGCGAACUAAUCAGUCGUCCUUCGUGGUGGGGGAAAACCUUCAAUAUGGGAAUGACUGCGUCUUUUUUUGAUAUUCCACACCACGAAGAUGGCUCAGUUGAUGAGCACAAACGAAACAUGGUUAGGUCAUUUUUUGCAGGCGGAGCUAAAGUUGUGUUGCCAAGUAGAGAAUCACCCAUAGAAAUGAAACCAUUAAAAAUUUCGAAAAUUGAAAGCGCAAUGGACGAGAUCGGAAACCAUCCGACAAUAUUCAUCUCAUUCGUUAACAGUGGCAUAACAUACUCGUACGACGAAUUUAUCAUGAAUUUAGCAGAGCAAAUAACGACAUUAAUUCAGGAAAGACACUACGCCGCGUUUUUGCCCAAGUACUGUGAAUUUUGUUAUCCAGACAUGUGUUCCAUAUUACUAAAUAGUACCUCCGAAAUGCUCGCAUCCAGUCCACUUGGAACCUUAAGUCAUAGCGUAGAAAUAAUGACUUGUCUGUUAACACGCCAUUUCGGAAGUGAAACUGUCAUCCUAAUCGAUGAAUUUGAUUACCCGUUGAAUCGAAUGACAUACGAUAGUGAGGAUUUCAACAAGACCACAGAUUUUUUGAAAAGUUUUAUCGGUUGGACAUUCAAAGGUAGACCAACAACAGCCAGCGACAUAUACCGUGGUGUCAUAACUGGCGUACUUCAAUUUUCCAGAGUUGGAGUAUCAGCAGAAAUGUCAGUUUGUUGCGAUUGUAGCGUGCUACAACCACAUUAUAGCGAACAUUUUGGGUUCACCGAGGAAGACAUUCAAACAUUAUAUGAAAAGAAUCCCAACUUCCCACAUGAUCUGAGCCAAUUGAAAAAUUGGUACGAUGGAUAUACGUUUGGGGAGAGCCGGUUGUAUAACCCAUUGUCCAUUCGUAGGUGCUUCAUUUCCUGGCGUGUGGGCAGCUAUUGGAUUGAAAGCGUUCCAAUGGACCUCAGUCCACGAUAUGGGAAAAAUUCGCUGUAUGAACCAUUUAUGGUGGAUUUAUAUCAAAGUCGGGUCCAAAAAUUGUUUGUUAAUGUACCAGUGGAAGUUGAACUGGUAUCCGAGGUUGCUUACAAGGAUGUUACAAAAUCCUUGGAGUCUUUUUUAUCUCUUUUAACAUCACUGGGAUAUUUGACGUAUGAAAAACCAUCCGAAAACCAUCGAUUUAAGGUCCGGAUUCCAAAUAAGGAAGUGCGUGACUUUGGGUUUAAACAAAGUAUCAAUGUAUGGACAAUGAAAUAUGUCUGCGAGGAGUCUGUUAUAAUACGCGAUAUCCUUUAUGAAAUUUACAACGGCUUCACAGAGAAUGAUAUUGCUACCGUUCAAGACAGUUUGUCUCAACUGUUUUCAAAAAUCAACGAAACAGCUCCUGCGGAUAACCAUUGCGAUAUUGUUUUUGGAUUAUUGACUCAAUUCGACGAUAAAUGGGACUUGCAACGUAGUUUCAAGGUGAUUACUAUUUACAAACAAGUAACUUUUCAAUGUAGUAUUACAUUGCGAUUGAAGUUUGAUAACUGCUACAAUAUCAAUCCGAUAGCAAUAAAUUUUAUAUUAAAUGGUGAUUCUACAAUGGAACAAAACAUCACUGAGGCAAAACAUACUGGAGAUAUACAAAAAAUAAUCAAAGAUAAAGUAAUGGAUUAUUCGAAAAAAAAGGUUGCCGAGCUUAUGGAGAAAUCCAAGAUCAAAGCUGCAGAGCUUACAGAGAAAUGUAAUUUCAUCUGGCAUACCUGCAUUGUAGUUGGGAAAAAGAUUCUCUGGAUGUUCCCCCAUUAGAAAUAGGUACCUAGAUUAAAGAUAUAUUACCUGUAGUAAUUAUUAUUAUUAUUAUUAUUAUUAUUAUUCUAUUUUAUUUAUUUAUUUAUUUAUUUAUUUAUUUAUUUCAAUUUAAUAGAUUUGUUGUAGGGUAAAAGCAGGUAAUAUGGGGUUGCUAGAAAUAUGUGGUAUACCAUCUUUUUUCGUAGUCUAUGAAUGAUAUCCAACAGGAAAAAAUUUAAGGUUAGUUUUCAAAUGAUUCUAAAAUAAUCUAACCAGAUCCAAAAGUGAUUGUGGUCACAAAGUAGGUACUUAGUCUGACAGGGGUGGCAGCCUUUGUAUAGCAUAUGUAGCGUACAGUGCUACACAUGGGAAAAACUGGUGCUACACAUAGGAAAAAAGUACUACUUACACGCGAAGAAAAAAUUCUGGACACCCAGGAAAAUUUCCAAUUUAAGGAAAUUUUUCCAAAAAAUGAUAUUUUUUAUUUUUUUUAAAUCAACAUUGGAGCCUCCAGCAAAUUUUUAAAAGUUUGAAAUUCACACAAAAAUUUUACCCAGUAAAUUUGAAAAUUUGAAAUACAUUUUAUAAGCUAAUUUCAACACGCUGAAUCGAUUGAAGAUGCGUUCAAGUCGUUCUGGAGCCUCUAACUAUUCUAUGAAAAUUUCCGUAUCCCAAAACAUGUCAUAAAAUCUGUCGAAAUGAACUUCAACCUCUUAAAGGUGUUUAGUUUUCAAAAACUGCAAAAUCCGAAAAUCCAUUGAUGGCUUCAGAACAGCUCGAAACCAUCACCAAUCCAUUCGGCCGAGUCAUUCAAAUUCUGAAGUCUGGUGAUUUUUUAACAUUUUCUACAAAAAUUUCAAAUCGCACUGGAAGGGCUAAAAAUUUUGGUUACCUAAUUAACAGAUUGUUACGCUCCGGGGGGGGGGGGGGGGUAGUUUACGGUUCAAAAUGGUGCUACACGCGUAAAAAUUUGGGACUUUUUUUUACUUGAUAAACUCAGGUGGCGCUACACAUGAGAGAAUUCUAGGCUGCCACCGCUUAGUGUACUUUUUUAUCCGCUAGCGGUGUUUUUUUCAUGCAACUCCGAGAGUACCUAAGUAAUACCUACGUUAAGUUUUUUGAACAUUUUCCUAAAAAGUUUAUAAUAUGUAGAUAUAUUUUUUUUUGUAAUUUCAAGUAGCGUACCGGAAAGAAGUACGAUUUUACUAUCUACCUCAAAUUUUACUUUUUCAGUAAGCCGUUUUUUUCAAUAAAAAAAAAAUCUGCUGUUGAAAUUUUUACCUGCUGGUAAUUUAUAGGAUACCUACUUUGUUUUUUCGUAGAUUUUUCAGAAUUAUUCUGGGCCACAAACAGAGUUAGAAUGUAGAAUAUAUAAUGUAGAAUAUGUAAAAUUGUAAAGCCCACAAAUGUCUAUAAAAAAAAGAACCAAAAGACUAACAUACCUACUUAUGUACCUAUAUAAAAAUUGUGAAUUAAAUUCGUUUUUCAAUUGUU